UUUGGACACAACCAAAUCACAUAUAAUACACAUACAUAUAAAUAUACAUAUAUAAUAAUAGCAUCUUAAUUCCUAUACCUACUGAAGAUCAUUUCUUUGUACCUCUUUAUAAAAAUCUUAAUGUUUGGACAUUCCCUCAGUUCCACAUUUAGACUGCUGCAUAGCCUCACACCACAAACACAAAUACAAAAGUUCCUCCUCAUCGUUCGCACGCUAACAGUUUAGAAAUAAGUCUGACCUCUUAGAUUGUAGCCCUCCUCUCUUACACUGAACAUGUUUUGGAUAUUUGCAGGCAGUUGGUUGUUUUUUGCUUCGUACAUUGUUUGAGCUAUUUGAAAUUCCACCAGAUCAGCAAACUUCAGUAAAUGAGACAGUAAGAAUAAUGGAUUUGAAUGAUCCCUGUACUCUGCAUGAUGGAUGUUGCAAAUUGCUCUUUUCUGAAGAAUAAACAAUGACUGUACAUUAGAUUUGUAAUUAUUGGCCCAAACUUCAGCGCAGUAACUUAAGUAUGGUGAGACCAGUGAACAGUACAAAAUGUGAAGCGCUUUAUAAUCCAGGACCUGUUUGGCUUCACUUAAUACUGCAAUGCUCCUUUUGGGAUGUAUAUGUUUAAUGUUUGCCUUCCAACAAAGCUUUUCAUCAAUUAUGACCCCAACAAAUCUAUUUUCAGUAACCUGUUCAAUAUUCACACCAUCUAUCUGUAUUUUUACUUGUUUGUUUCUUCUGCAGUGAAACAACAUUACUUUAGUUUUAUUCAAAUUUAGUGACAAUUUAUUUUUUAUCAAACCAGGUUUUUAGUUUGAUCAUUUCCAUGGUUACCAUAUCUUGUAGUUAAUCAUCACCCGAACAACAACUAUGAGUGUGAUCCGCAGAAAGAACAAGCUUCAAUACCUUUGAUAUGUGACAUAUGUCAUAAAACAUGUUGGUCCCAAUACUGACCCCUGUGGGACCGCAGGUCCAAACAUUUAGAGCAACUGUCACCUAACCUCACAAACUGCUGUCUGUUACUUUAAUAACUUUGAAUCCAAACCAAGACUUCUCCCCUAAUCCCAUAACGUUCCUAUGUAUUUAAUAAGAGGAUAACUCAUUUUCUGAGAUCCAUUUUUAAUAAUACUGUUCAGAAAGCUCCAUAUUUCCUUCAUAUUGCCUGUUUGUUUCUAAUAGUGUCCUAUAGUACUCCUUCUUUCUUGCCCUCAACAUGUUAGUUCACUUAUUUUUAUACUUCUUAUAUUUAUUUUCUGACUUUUGAGUUUUAUAUGUUAUGAAGUCUCAUUUAUUAAACCCUUAGUUAGCCAUGGACAUUCAGCAUGUUUUAUUUGUUUAGUAUAUUGUUUUAUUGGACAGUUUAUAUUAUAUAAUGACCUGAACUGUUGAAUUUACAUUCAGACAAACAUCAGACGCAGCUGGAAUCAAGUUUCACUUUGAAAAACAUUCUCAUCUAAAGGUCCACUUACUCUGUAUGUCCAAAGCUUUCAGUCACAUCUCAUGGUCUUCCUCAGUGAUGGAGGGUCUCAGUUGUCAUGGAGAUGGUUUAAGUUUGAAUGGUUUCAGUAAAGUAGUUAAUAAAUCAACAGAUGAUAAACUGCAGCUGUAUUGUGUCUCGUUCUCUCCAUCAGAUGCCUGUGAACUGGAACUGGAUCCAAACACAAUGAACACAAACCUCAAACUGUCUGAUAACAACAGGAAGGUGACACGUGUGAAGGAGGAUCAGUCAUAUCCUGAUCAUCCAGACAGAUUUGACUACUGGGAUCAGCUGCUGUGUAGAAAUGUUCUGACUGGUCGAUGUUACUGGGAGGUCGAGAGGAGAGGAACCGUUGAAAUAUCAGUGAGUUACAGAAGAAUCAGCAGGAAAGGAGACAGUGAUGACUGUUCGUUUGGAAGGAACGAUCAGUCCUGGAGUCUGGACUGCUCUGAUGGUGGUUACUCUGUCUGGCACAAUACGAUAAAAACACCCAUCUCCUCCUCCUCCUCCUCCUCCUCCUCCUCCUCCUCCUCCUCCUCCUCCUCCUCCUCCUUCUCCUCCUCCUCCUCCUCUGUCUCUAACAGAGUAGCAGUGUAUGUGGACUGUCCUGCUGGCACUCUGUCCUUCUACAGAGUCUCCUCUGACUCACUGAUCCACCUCCACACCUUCAACACCACAUUCACUGAUCCUCUGUGUGCUGGGUUUAGAGUCUGGUCUGGUUCCUCAGUGUCUCUGUAGGAGGAGCAGAGAGGAGCAGGGAGGAGCAGAGAGGAGCAGAGAGGAGCAGAGAGGAGUAGAGAGGAGUAGAGAGGAGUAAACAGGAGUACAGAG